AUGGUCUUCUGCCAUUCGGACUGCGUUAGACAGGUGGUGUUGUACGCUUGGUUGGGUGAAUUUGAACUAUUGAAACGUUCAUGUCAUGACAUUCUAAAGAAACCAUGGGCUGUGCCAUCAAAUUGUGAACUGGCAGUGAAAUAUUUCAAGGUUAUUCGUGCGCAAGAGGAAAUCAAAUGUCUUAAUGUUGAAAUCAGGAGGCUGCAUGAGUGGGUUAAUGCUGAGGAUGCACAUCUGCUUGCUACGGCUGAGGGUACUGCAGGUGAUGAGUAUAUUGCAUUGGAAAUUAAUGCCAUGUAUCUCACCCGUCAGCAUGUUAACAAUGUUCACCGCCAUCGUCUACAGCAGAUUUAUAAUCUCAAAGGCUUUUCUGGAGAUAUCAAAGACAAUAACUCUGCACGGCACAACAAUACCAUCAAUUCUCAAGAAUUAGAUAACGGCGACGAUGAAGAAGAUGAAGUUUUAUUUGAGGAGGUGUUUCUUACUACCACUACUAUCACAACAGAUAAUAUCACUACCACUUCUGACACUAUGUGUGCCAUUCAUAGCAGAGAAGCAGAGCACCGAUUAGCUUAUCUGGACCUUGGGGUUAAUAUGAAAUUUGAUCAUAGUGUUUGUCUUUCGGCUUGCUUUGAGAUGAAGAAAUCGAGGUUUUUAGGACUCGGGGAAUCAUUUUUUACAGUUGCGGUUUCAGAGAAUGAGUGGAGUCAUGCAGUACAAGAUGCUGUUUCCUUGAUACAAGAUAUAUUUGAGAGCACUGUGGCACCUACGCUCUGCAAGGCUUGUUUUAAAGCUUUCUGGGAGUCCAUUGUCAUUCCCGAUCAUCUGAAGCUUCCAGUCAACAACAUUACCCUGCAGUUUCCUAAUCCCAUCUCCAACUCAUCCGUCAACGACACAGGCCCACCUUCACUGAAUAGCUCUGACAAAUAUUGGACGUAUGUUGAGUCCCUUGAUUCAAUAAUGACUGAAGACAUAUUUGAUGCAACAUUCACCACAUUUGACGGUGAGACCAAUAGUGGUAACUUGCCGGUCACAUCCACUCCCCAACCUAGCAGUACUCCUGCAGCCUCCACCACCACCCCAUUGUCGCCUCAUUCGUCCUCCGGCUCCAAGCAGCUGCAUAACUCUGACACCGACUCUUAUUUGUCACUACACACGCUAUCCAGUAAUGUGCCCAGCUAUAAAAACCAUCCUCAAAUGUUGUUUGUUAAUGUGAGGAAAUCCUCCAACAAAGCCUUGGCCAAAUCACAGCAAUCACGUUCCGAGUUCCUUCGUUACAUAAACACUCACUUUGCGCCGACCAAUCACUUGUUGGAGAGGGCUCAAAAGUCUGGGGGUAUAUCAACUGACAUCAGCAAGGGCAAGGCAGCUACGCCUCCAAUGCCCAGAUACCAAAAUUCCAGUGCCAAGGAUGCCCCAGUACUUGCUCCCGCUAGCCAGCAUAGAAGAAAGGCCUUGAUUGUAACAACCAAGAGUUAG